AUGCUGAGUCCUGAAUAAAUAUAUUCCAUUGUUUAUAAAACUGAUUCUGGAAUUGAAGGAUAUGCAAUCCCUAGAUUUUACCAUGACCCAGCCGAAAUGAUGAGAAAUCGAGAUUUGUUAAAACAAAUAGAAAAAAGUAAGUUUCUCCAUGUCUCACACUAUUAGAACAAGCACAUAAAAGAUAUGAAACCAAAAAAGGCAGCUAUUUAGAUGACUACACUAAAAUGUUUAAAAGUGUUCCCAGUCCCUUAUAAUAUUAAUCAUACUCCAUUGAAACAAUCCCUGAAAAAAAAGUUAAAUAUCCCAAUCGGCUGACAUUGUUUGAUCAAUUAUAAAAGGAGUAAAAAAGGAUUAAUAACCCUCCUGUUGGAGCCUACAAUAUCGAAAAAACAUAGGAACAAAUAGAGAAAGAGCUCAAGGUAUUGAAAACUCGCAAGGUCAAAGAACUAUAAAGACCAAAUCCCUAUGAAGAUGCCAUGGCUCACAGCAUUAUGAUUCCUGGCCCUGGAAAUUAUAAUCCACAUGUGAGAUAUUCUACAAUUAUAAAAGUCAUUCCUACCAAAAAUCAAAGUCAAUAAUACAAAACCUGAGGAUUGGAGAAAAAAACAUAACAUUGAAAAAAAUAAAAGUCUUCCACAACUUCCUCCUGUUGGAACGUACACUCCCAUCCUAAGUGAUUCAUUUGCAAAGAUAUAAUGCACUGCUCCUGUUAAAAGAUCCUAUUGGGGAAGUGAAAAGCGAUUUAAAGGAUUAUUUGGUAGUUCUUCUAUUGGCCCAGGUCCUGGAACAUAUGCUCAAUUAAGCAAAUUGUUAGCAAAAGGCGUUGAAAAGUCCAUCUAUUAAGAUUGA